AUAUCUUACUUCCAGGUUUAGGAAGUGAAACGUGUGUGUGGUUGUGUGUUUAGUAAAUGAGGGGGCGUGUGUAGAUCUGGGAUUGGUGUCCUCACAGCUUCAGCACUCAGAUCAUCAGUCAGCUUUUUCCUCUAAGAAGCACCACAGGUUGUUGCCAGAAGCUGGAUCCAGUAUGGCAUCUCUACUGAAGGCUGGAUGGUGUUUUUUCUGCUUUCUUCUCCUCUGGGAAACAAUAAAAGGGUUUUUCAUGUUGGCUGAAGGUGCAGAGCUGCAGUGUUCUCCUGCUGAUCCGGUUGCAGCGGAGCACCCUGUUCAGGGUCUGCUGGAGAGGUUUCAGGUGAGCCAAGGCUGCGCUGCAAGAGAGCAGGGGAACAAGGAAACUCAUGUCAUCGCUUUGCAGCAAGCAUCCAGCAGCCCUGGCAAUGUGGUGCUGGUGUUCCUUAAACCCCCCUCCAGCGUUCCUCUCAGGGCGCUCCAUCUGGUGCUCAGCUCCAUGCAUCCAAUCACAUGGUCGCUGAAGGCUGAGCUGCUGCCCCAAAACCUCCCAGUAUUUGUGCAGGUGUCUCCAAAAUCCAGUGUCCGGUCACAGACUCUACACUUGUGUGCUCAAACGGUUCCUUCAUUACCUUUUCGCCUCCGCAAACUGUAUCACUGGGCUCUGAAGCACCACGGUAACCUCUCCUCACUGAUCCAUACGACGCAAGCCAAUCGGGUCUAUAUCCAACUGGGGGAAGAUCCGUCCCUUCCUGAUGUGUGCCAGCUUCAGUCCUUAUCCCUCUUUCCUAAUUACAUGACCUCUGACUUGCAGCCACAAAAAGUGAAGGGCUGCACCCAUCCCAGAGGAAGAGAGGCUACCCCUGAAGUCCAUGUGAUAAAGCUCCAUUCAGCAGGCUCAGCGCUAAGUGGCUCUCUGCAGGUGGAGGUAAAGGUCACUCUUUUGCCUCCGGCGGCCCCUUCAGAACCGCACCAGGUUGUUCUGAUUCUUAGCAGCUUGGUCCCGGUCAACUGGGAGAUUACAGCUCCUGCUGUUUGGGGUCACAUCACUGUUCAUUCCUCCAACAGCGUCUCUCCACCAUUUCCACCGGAGCCUAACCUAACCCUGUCCAGCAGGCUUGUGUCUGACCUGUCCACAGUCUCUAAUCCUCUGAUGUGGGCCUCUGAGAGCGGCUACACUAGGUCUUACACCGAGGCUGACCUGGCCAAUCGCUUUGUGAUCCAGCUGGCAAAAGAUGGGACAGGCCAAGAGAGAUUACCUGUGGUGAACUGUGAGGGCGGUCUGCUCAGUGUCACCGUGGAUCUACAAAAACUAAAGAGCUUGUCUUUGCCAGCUGCUGCCAUGACGCUGCGGGAUCAGGCAUGCCAGGCUGUGUCCAACGGGAGUCAUUUCCUGUUGGCACUACCCGUCAUUUUCUGUGGAACCGAGGGUGAGCUGCAGAAAGAGCCCAGAGGAGUGCUGUACAAAAAUAUGCUGUUACUGUGGAGGGACAGGCCUCAGAGCAUCUCUGCACAUGGAAAGAAUGGGAAGCUCAGACCUCCCUUCAGUUUGCAUAUCAGCUGCUUUGCCAAAAGCCACUCAAAAUCUACUGCUGCUGCUGAUAAUGUGACCCUUCCUCUAAUAGGACGGUUUACCCGGGGGGUACGACAGCAUCUCCAUUCAGUUCCACCUCUCCGCCAUUUACCACCUGCCAUACUCAGAUCGGGGCCUGCUCUGCAUUUGAGGCUCUUUGUAACUGACAGCUAUGAGCAGACGUGGACUGGGCCCUGUGUCAUCACCGCUGAACACCGCAUCUUUGCAGAGAUAUCUGCCAGAGCCUCCCUCGCAGAUGUGGUGCAAGUGAAGUCAUGUUUUGUAUCUCCUCAGUCUGACCCUAAAAAAUCUCCCUUUUGGACUGUAAUACAAAAUGGCUGCUCGUCAGACUCCUCUUUUAACCUCGACACAAAGACAAACGGUGACAGUGAGGAUGAGGAAGAUCCUGAUGAAACAGAUGGACAUGAAGGAGGAGGAUACGAUCACAAGGAGAGAAGAUUCCCAGAGUUGAACAGCACACUAAACAUAGGAGAUUUGGGUCAAAUACGACGGUUGAGAUUUAGUUUUAUCCUGCGGCCAGUUUAUAAUGAGCCCAUGCAGUUUGUCCACUGCAGCCUCCUUCUUUGUCUCUCUGACUCAGCAGAUGGGAAACCCUGGAAGGAAGAAGCAGGCGAUAGCUGCCAGAGUGGGACACAGAUCCCUCCACUAGUGUCAGGGUCAUCCAGACAUCAGUGUGUUAUCAGAAACCUCUCCAGACCCAUGGUGGUUACCCGGCCUAUUAGUUCACUGGUAACCAAAACAAAACCCUCUGCAGGUCCAAGAACAAACCGGACACAAAGCUCCGGUUUCAUGUUGCAGGAAGGACCGUUGAUGGGAAUCGUCUUUGCAGCUUUUUUGGUUGGAGUCAGUUUAAUGGGGGGACUGUGGUGCAUCUAUACAUAUACAGGGCGACGCUUGGAGCCGUUUAGAGAUGGUCCUUUAACAAACCAGACUCCAGAGGGUUGCAAAGUGACGACUCCAUCUUUCCCAUCUGAUCAGUCGUCCAGCUCGGUUUAGCGGAUUUCCUCCUGCAAAUCUGAGAGAGAAGAACUGGGACAGGGGUUGCAACAGCUUCUGUGUGUUUUUUUCUGUAUGUGUGUGAGAACACAGCUGCUUCUCUGGUGUGCAGAGCCGUUUUUUGCACCUCUAGUCGUGUCAUGUGCUGCUGAGAGGAGGCCUGAAAACAGUGAAUACAGUAGAUCUUAAUCAUGCGCAGCGUUCUUUAAACGGACACGUUUUAGAUUCAAAGCGAUAAGUCACUUGUUUGAUGAUGUGGGCCACUCAACUUUAAGCCUCUGAAGAGACCUUCAUCUGGAUUCAACGAGGCCUAAAGAUGGUUACGGUGACUCAAACAGAGAGCAGAUCAUCGUCAUCUUCUGGCUUGCAUGGUAGACAA